UACUGUAAGUGAAAGUGAAAGUAAAGUGUGAAACUCCACCGCCCUUUUCCCCCGAUAUUUCUGGAACAGACGUCGUGUUACAUUCUGUUCGUUGAUAAAUUAGCCUUUCGACUGUUUUGGUUUAUUUUUCUAAACUCCUAAUAGUUUUAUUCACCAGUUACAAACAGCUUUACCUUGGAGUCAGACUUGUUUUGUAGUGAAAUGAAGACCUUUCCGACCUCGGCGGUCUGGUGUUUAGGGAUUCUGUUCAUCAGUGUUUCAUUGAUAACGACAGGGUCGUCUGAGGUUCAGGUUGUUGGACCGGCUGACCCAGUCGUUGCCUUAGCUGGUGAUGACAUCAUUCUACCAUGUUCCCUGAAACCCAGUGUCAGUGCUGAGGACAUGGUAGUGGAGUGGACAAGAUCGAACCUGAGAAAAGAAAACGUCCAUCUUUACCGUCAAGGUCGAGACUCCAAUGAGGACCAGUCUCCAUCCUACAGUGGAAGGACAUCAAUGUUUCAUGAAGAACUGAAGAACGGCAACGUCUCCUUAAAGCUGACCAGAGUUACUCUCUCUGAUGCUGGAAGCUACAGGUGCUUCAUUCCAACACUGACCAGCCAGGUGAAGGAAACCACCGUUCAACUCCUUGUUGGUGCUGUAUCUCAGCCAGUGACCUCUAUUAUUGGAACCAAAGGCGGGGGGGUGGUCCUGAAGUGUGAGUCUGGAGGCUGGUUUCCUGAACCUGAGAUGGAGUGGCUGGACAGUUCUGGAACCAUCCUCCCUGCUGAUGGACCUCCAGAGAGACACAGGGACUCAGAGGGCCUCUACACUGUGAGACGACAUGUCACCGUGAACCAGACUGACACCAACAGGUUCACCUGUAGAGUUCAACAGCCGGAGAUCAACCACCUGAAGGAGACAGAGAUUCAUGUCCCAGAUGACGUGUUUCCUAAAUCACAAGUAGGGUUGAUUGUUGGUCUAUCAAUAGCAGCAGCUGUUGUAGUUCUUGCAGCUACAGUUGGUGUCUACAAGUGGAGAAAACAUAUUAAAGAGAAACGUCAUAGGACGAGGAAGAUGUUUCUUCAACUAAUGACAGGACAUGGUGAAGCCUGGUUUGUGGACAGACACAAGGAUGACCUCAUUCAGAAGGUUUCCAAGGGGAAAUCUAUAGCAUCUGAGCUGCACCAGAAGGACUUGAUCCCUGAUGAGAUGAACUCUCGGAUCAGUGCUGCCAGGACCAGCCAGGACCAGAUGAGACUGUUGUUCAAGGCCCUAGAAGAAGCAGAAGACACAACAAGAGUGAAAUCAGCAUUUUACAGGAUUCUACUGGAUCUGGAACCUUAUCUAGUCUAUCACCUGGAGAAGAAGCAAAGACAACGAUUGGAAGAACGACUUGAUGCCCUGUUUGUGGACAGACACAAGGAUGACCUCAUUCAGAAGGUUUCCAAGGGGAAAUCCAUAGCAUCUGAGCUGCACCAGAAGGACUUGAUCCCUGAUGAGAUGAACUCUCAGAUCAGUGCUGCCAGGACCAGCCAGGACCAGAUGAGACUGUUGUUCUUGGCCCUAGAAGAAGCAGAAGACACAACAAGAGUGAAAUCAGCAUUUUACAGGAUUCUACUGCGUCUGGAACCUUAUCUAGUCUAUCACCUGGAGAAGCAAAGACAACGAUUGGAAGAACGACUUGAUGCCCUGUUUGUGGACAGACACAAGGAUCACCUCAUUCAGAUGGUUUCCAAGGGGGAAUCCAUAGCAUCUGAGCUGCACCAGAAGGACUUGAUCCCUGAUGAGAUGAACUCUCAGAUCAGUGCUGCCAGGACCAGACAGGACCAGAUGAGACUGUUGUUCUUGGCCCUAGAAGAAGCAGAAAACACAACAAGAGUGAAAUCAGCAUUUUACAGGAUUCUACUGCGUCUGGAACCUUAUCUAGUCUAUCACCUGGUUGAUGCCCUGUUUGUGGACAGACACAAGGAUGACCUCAUUCAGAAGGUUUCCAAGGGGAAAUCCAUAGCAUCUGAGCUGCACCAGAAGGACUUGAUCCCUGAUGAGAUGAACUCUCAGAUCAGUGCUGCCAGGACCAGCCAGGACCAGAUGAGACUGUUGUUCUUGGCCCUAGAAGAAGCAGAAGACACAACAAGAGUGAAAUCAGCAUUUUACAGGAUUCUACUGGAUCUGGAACCUGACCUUGUCAAGGACCUGGGUGGAUCUGAUGACGACAUUGGUCUAUUUAACCUCUUUGAGAAGCUCAAAAAAGAGAACGAGGUCGUCACAAGAGAGAGGGAGAAGCUCAAAAAAGAGAACGAGGUCGUCACAAGAGAGAGGGAUGAACUCAAAGAAGAGCUGAGGAAAGCUGAAGAGACCAACCAAUCCCUCUCCACCUCUCCAGAUGGUCAACAGAAAACACAGACUCCUUCCCAAAAGUCUGAGGGGAUUGAAGGGAUGGAGAUGGAGUCUAUACCAGGGAGGAAGUCUGGUCCUGGUCCAGGGAGGAAGUCUGCUCCUGAGAUGGAGUCUUUACUGGCUGCUGGACCACAGAAGGAUGAUCUGGAUGAGCUGGAGAGGGGAGGAAGAGAUACUACAGAAUUUAACUAUGUGCUAUAGGGUUACUAUAGAGAGACUAUAACUAUAGAGCUGAGUUACUAUAGAGACUAUAACUAUAGAGCUGAGUUACUAUAGAGAGACUAUAACUAUAGAGCUGAGUUACUAUAGAGAGA